AUCGUGUGGAGCUACACACUGACCAGAUAAGAAGUGGGCGUGCGGAAGGCGCAACGCGGCUGGCCCCAAGUUUCUGGUUGCGUUGAUGGUAUAUACCGACUGAGCAUACUGAAGGGAGAAGGGUACAAAGAAGAAGAAUGGGCGGAGGUAUCCUUUCUUCCAUCAUCAAGUGGACGGUGGAGAAGCUGCUUGCCUUGGCAACAACGACAGCUUCGUCACCGGCUGAGCCCCGGAACGAUGUCGAAGAAGAGCUAAGGAAGCUGCAGAGGACGAUGAUGAGGAUCCAAGCCAAACUUGAUGACUCGGAGGAGCAGGAUAUAAGAGAUGAGCCUGUAAGGCUAUGGUUGAGUGAACUCAAGGAUGUCGCUUAUGACGCUCAAGACGCGGUGGAGGAGUACGAAUACCAAGUGCUGCGCGCCGAAGCAGAAAGCAGAUCGAGAGGCGGCGGCCGCCACAAAGGCAUGCAUGUGGAGGUAUGCGACUACUCUAUCUCCGCUCCUUCAAGGAUUUCAUUUCCAGAGGAUUUAGCAAGUAAACUCAAGAAGAUAAGGGAGAGGUUUGAUGAGAUCACCGGAGAAUGGAAAGCCCUCCGACUGGGAAAGAAACAUGGAAAGAGACGAAGAGAUGAGUCGGGUAACUGUCGACAGACGAGUUCUUGCUUCGAUGAAUCAAUUGUUUUCGGAAGAGAAGACGAAAAGGAGAAGUUAAUCGGGUUGCUGCUUUCGGAGGCUGAUGAUUUUGAUGGUAGAGGAGGUACGGUGUCAUUAAUUCCCAUAAUCGGCAUGGGUGGAGUCGGUAAAACGACGCUAGCUCAGCUUGUAUAUAACGAUCCCAGGGUGUUCAACUGCUUCGAUACGAGGGGAUGGGUCUGUGUCUCCGAAGAAUUUGAUGUUGUGGGUUUAACACGAAAGAUCUUGGUGUCCUUCUUCAAAACCACAGUUGAUUACACAGAAUUAAACGAGCUUCAACAAGAACUAAAAGAAAAUUUGCAGGGAAAGAAGUUUUUGCUUGUUUUGGAUGAUGUUUGGAAUGAGAAACCUAGUCUUUGGGAGUUGCUGAAAGUCCCCUUACUGGACGCUGGAGUGGGUAAAGUCAUAGUGACUACUCGGAAUGAAUGUGUUGCCAGAAUCAUGCAGACGAUGGAGCCUUUGAGCUUGAACAUCUUAUCAUUCGACAAAUGCUGGAUGUUGUUCGAGAAGCUUGCGUUACUGGAAGGCUUAGAUUCCAGCAGCAGGCAUAACGAUUUGGUGGAGAUCGGUCGGAAGAUUGUGGAGAAGUGCAAAGGCUUGCCGUUGGCAGUGAAGGUAAUUGCACGUGCUCUGAGUUACGAAGAUGAUGAAGACAAAUGGAUGGAUAUCUUGGAAAGCGAGCGGUGGGAAUUAGUCGAUGCAAACUUGGAGAUCUUACCGGCUCUUAAAAUAAGCUACGAUUGCUUGCCAAUAGAUCUAAAGAGGUGCUUCCGGUACCUGUCCUUAUUUCCCAAAGACACGGUUUUAUACGAGAGAUACAUUGUCCAUUUAUGGAUGUCGCAAGGUCUUCUUCGGCCUCCAAGAAGCAAGCAAGCAGAGGAUAUAGGCAGUGAUUACGUCAGAAACUUGGUGGAAAGGUCAAUUUUGCAGAUCAAGGGGAUACGUACAGGAGGACAUGCCUUGGACCCCGAGGAAGAGAAAGAGUUAGUGAUGCAUGAUCUUGUUCACGAUCUAGCACAGUCUGUUGCGCAGGGGGAAUCCCUAAGCAUAGCGGCUAACAAACUCGCAAGCAUAUUUCAGCGGGACGGCGACAAAUUUCACAAGGUUCGCCACUUGUAUCUGGUUUUUGACGACCGGAUGGCACCCACAGACGUCAAGGCUUUGCUGAAGCUAAAACGUCUCCGGACUCUGAUAACUAACGGAUCGCGUUUCAAUGAAAAGUAUUGUUGUGAAUUCAUCGAUGAAUUGUUCCACAACUUGAAAUACCUACGAGCUUUGAACUUUAGCCGCACCCACAUCUCAGGGCUGCCUGAUUCAAUCGGCGACCUCAAACUACUACGCUACCUCUCCAUCGAAGGUGCUAACAUCGACAGUCUUCCAGAAUCCAUAUGCAGCCUCUACAAUUUGCAGAUUCUAAGUUUGACUGGUACGUUGGGUCUUCGGGAGCUACCAAGCGGCAUAUUAAACUUGCCAAAUAUAAGGCAUCUCAUGCUGAGUCAUACUCGUAUCGCUGUCCCUCGUGGCCUUGGAAAGUUGACUUACUUGCAAACACUCGACUGCUUUGCAUUGGGCCCGACGAGUUGGCGUAUCGAGAUAGAGGAAUUGAAGGGUUUAGUGAAUCUGAGAGGAAAACUCAUCAUUGAAAAUCUUAGGUAUGUGGAUAAGUCUGUUCCUCGAACAGAAACACCUCUGCAGACAAAAGAUCGUAUCGAGUUUUUGACACUGGACUGGUACGAAGGCGGCACCUGUAAAGACGAAGACAUGGACGAAGACACGUCAAAGCAGGUUCUCGAAUGCUUCCGCCCACACCCUAACCUACAACGGUUUCUAAUACACGCUUACGGUGGUGCCAGAUUUGCAACAUGGUUGGGGGAUUCAUCCUUCUCCAAACUAGUGAAUAUAGAGAUAGUCGUAUGCUUGAAAUGCAAUCUGCUUCCACCCUAGGGUCAGCUGCCUUCUCUUAGAGUUCUUGCUAUAAAAUAUUUCUCUGAUCUCCAACGUAUUGGGCGUGAGUUUUGUGGCAUCGGUAGUGCGACGAUAAAGGGGUUCCCGUCUUUGGAGACCUUGACGUUCUUAGAUAUGGAAAAUUGGGAACAGUGGGAUGGAGUGGAGGCCGGCGACUUUCCUCGUCUUCUCCGACUUAGAAUCGAUGGUUGUCCUAAGUUGAGGAUUUUUCCUCGGCACGUAUUUUUCUUGCUGAGGAAAUUAGAAUUAACUCAUUUUGGUGAUAUCUCCGACAAUGCUCCCUUUAUUUCACUUGACGACGACACGACAAUGCUCCCUUUAUCAUUUCGAGGCUUUCACAGCUUUAGUAUUGAUAUGAAUCUACCUUCGCUCCAGGAGUUGGAGAUAUCACGGUGCUCAAAGUUAACGUCUGUGACGGGACUUACCAACCUCACCUCCCUGCAUUCUUUGACCAUAGAUGAUUGUCCAUAUCUACGGCUCCCUCCGACAGAGAGAUUGUCAUCCACUCUUCAACAUCUGAAAAUUCGGGACAGUCCUUGGGUUAAGCAGUGGGAGGAGGCAAAUCAAGACACCUCAAUUUUUCCAAACACCAGAUGAUCCAACGACGGAAUUGGCGCUCUUUCCGCGCCCAUCACAGUCUUCAAGCUCCAACAGAACUACAAUUGUUUGUCGGUGGCAAAUGAGUUUAUCUGCUUCAACCCAUCCCCAGCAACACCAUUCAACUCGGUAUCACUCAGCCUUCGAUGUUGCAUAUCAAGUGUCUAAUUCUGAAGAAAUCAUGACGAAGCUAGAAAGCGGAUGCUUGCUUCAAGGGGGAGGGGAUGAUAGGGGAGGUGUUGGCUUUAUUCUCUAUGUAAUGUAAUGAGGGUGAUAAUUUUAUUUUUGCUCAAUGUAAAGUUUUUGAAGAAGGAUGUGCUAUUAUACUACAAGGCAAGGCUAUGACAAUCCUGGUGGGGCUUUAAACUGUUUUGUCUGAA